AUGACUGAAGUAGGUAGUGCAUCGGCUGUGGCCUUCGGCAACGAUGAUCAAGCUUCGGGACUUAGACUCCAGACUAGUGCUCGGAAAAGUGGAUGGUCGGGGAGAUAUCCCGGCAUGGCCAAGCGUCCCAGCUUAUCUGCCGUAUUGAACCAGACGCGGGCAGUCUCCCCGGCUACAGCCGGCGGCAUGGAGACCCCGGAAUCAACAUCGUACCCCGCGGGCCCGGCCAAACGCCGGCGCACCCACUUGGCCUGCAUCACCUGCCGUGACCGCAAGUCACGUUGUGACGGGCUACGUCCCGCAUGCAGCAGCUGUGUGCGCCGGAAGCAGGCCGACUCCUGCUCGUACGACCAAGCAGCGGUCGCGUCCAAUCGGUACAUUGCGGCUCUCGAAGACCGGAUCCAGAGAUUAGAAAGAGGGAACGUUCGGAUUCCUGAAUCCCCCCAAGGAGGAAGCAUUCCUCCCUCCGAUGCGGGUGCAACGACAUCAAGCAGAUACGGUCGCUCGGAGGUUCACGAUGUGGUUGAACACGAUCGACAGGAACGCCCCAGCCUGUCGAGGAGUGAGCCCUAUGGUAGUGCAUCGAGCUUGGUAGAAUCGGAAGGGCCUUACCAGGUCGAUGGCCUUGCCACCGUCAUGCCUACGGAGAACAACGACAAUUUCACCUAUGGGGGCUCGUCAACUAUUGCCUUUCUACGUCAAGUUGGGCGUGCAGGACGUGUUUCAGGUUAUUCUACGCCCCGAUCUCGAGUGCUUCCACUUGGCGACAGGACCAGACGCGUAUCCGGUCUAUCGGAAACCCCAUCCUUGCCACGAAGACUGCUUUCAAAAGAAUCGGGUCUUGCAAGUCUGCCCAUUCGAUAUCGGUCAGACCGGUACCUCGGCUGCUAUUGGGAGUUCGUCUACCCGCUUUUCCCGCUGUUCUAUAAACCGCACUUCAUGGCAACCUACGAACAGCUGUGGAUGCCCAGGACGAGCGAGCCCAUCGAGACCGCAGAGGACACAUUGUUCCUGUGCAACUUAAACCUAGCUUUCGCACUAGGUUGCCAGUUUUGUGACGACAUCGACCCUCGUGAACGGCUUGCGAUGGCCAACCAGUUCUUUGAGCGGUCUCAGCAGUUCAUGGCCUUCGACUUUCUCGCGUCGACAGAGAUAGCAGUGGUCCAGUGGUUGCUCUUGAUGGCCGUCUAUUCAAUCAGAAUGGCUCAAAAUAUGGGUCUGCAUCUGGAGUGCCCGAGGUCCCCUCCCGCAUGCCAAGUCGAUGCGGAAAUCAGGCGCAGGGUAUGGCACACUGCCGUAGUCCUGGACAGACUCGUGGCAAUGACGUUUGGCCGACACGUCAUGAUUGCUCCGGAGUCGUACACAACUCCGCUCCCGAAGGAGAUAGACGACGAGUAUCUUGUGGAGGGCGGUGCAGGGACACAACCUCCGGAGAAGCCAUCCCAUAUGGGUCUGUUUGUUUCGGCGUGUAAACUUUUCGAAAUACUCCAUGGUAUCUUGGGAACAUUUUAUGGUCCGAAUAGCGACCCGCGGCACAAUGAUCCUCCACCCUCGGAACAAGUGCUUGGCGACGUCCUGAACUUCAAUCGGCAAUUAGACACGUUCCUCAAGCAGAUGCCAGAGCACCUCAACAUAUGGUCUGGGCCACGAGCCUUAGCUCUGGGCAACGAACCGUACAUUCAUCUUCAGCAGCAGGUGCUAUGUUGUCGCUUCCUGUAUACCAGGAUACUUUGCUUACGACCCAUGCUGCAAAUAGCAUUGCAUAGUCGCAGUCGACUGCAAGCUACCACAAUCGACGAUAGUAUAUUAAAGCGGUGCUCAGAUCUCUGUGUUGAGACCGCCUACCGUCUCAUCGACACUAUCGACAAGAAUCUCGACACUCCUUACAAGAGCCCUGGAUGGCAUUCUGUAUACUUCGUCUUUGCCUCGGCUACAAUCAUUUUGUCUUCACUCAAGCUGGGUACAGGAGCAAGUUCCAAGAGUGCCUUUGAAGAGUCUUGGGAAAGUUGCAUGAGGAUUCUCCACCACUACCGAGACCGCGUCCCUGCUGCACCGCGUGCUAUUCAGGUCUUGGGGGCUUUACGGCAGCAGCUCGAGAGUUCAAAUGAAUCAUCCCAGUCGAGACAAGCUCGCGACGAACCUCGGUUUAGUGCCCUUGUGUCUGGGGAUUCGAUCUCAUCAAGUCGAAUGUUUGGAGACUUGGACGAGUCGCACCUAGAGCUUGGUCAAUUACAUCUUGAUGGCACAAAUGCGUUGUAUGAUACCUGGUUCACGCAACAGCUGUUUGGUUUGGACUUUGUAGGAGGGGCAUAA